AUGCAUCAGCUUGUACUUGUUGUGGCACUGCUGGCGGUUCAGCUCCCACGAGAUUCGAGUGCCGUACGCACCUGCACCGAACAGAGCAGGAAGAUUGUGCAUCGGUUCUAUCUGUUACGCCACUGUCAAAGAUCCGAACGGAACGUGAUUGGGCUGGCAAAUGUAAAAACUGUACGCAAUUGUGCUGAUCUUGCCCGCAGUAAGCAAGCAAUGGCGUUCAAUUAUGCACCGGCGGGACGCAACGGUGUCAAUCGUUACGAAUUGACCCAAAACCAGAGCAGACCAGCCACGUGGAUUCCACCGAAGGCUGCUUCAGGCGGCAGCAGCACUACCAGAGCCCCGUUUGAUGAUUUCUACAACUGCCAGGUGUUGGACUGUCCGGAACAUCGUAACCUAUCGUCGAUCGUGAACGAUACACGGUUCGAUUACUACUCCAUGUUUGCCAAGAUACUUCCUCCAGCAGCAGCAACUUGCAUUCCAUCGAUCGGAAUGUUUCUGUUCGAAGAAACGAAGCACAACUACUCACGGGCUUACAACUCGUGUGUGGCACAACAUGGUGGCAGCUUAGCGCACGUUGCCAGCGAUAGAAGAACCUUCGAAAUUGCUCGUGUUCUCGGUAACCUACCGAAAGGCAAUGAUAACUCUUCGCUCAAUGAGUCACUGUUUUACGUUGGAUUGAACGAAUCCAUCCGCGAUCGGUUCUUCACUUCCGCUGGGGAACGUUUAGAUUGCUUCACGUUUCGUGCCUGGGCUCCAGGACAUCCAGCAAACCGAUCUGCCCCUGGCUGCGUUGCACUAACGGAGGAAGGCUCCUGGAAGGUGUUCAACUGUAACCGCAACCUACCGUACGUUUGUGAACUGCACACUUCCGGUCCGGCCUUGCACGAACCGAAACUCCGACGUCGGUGUUCCAUCAAGCGACCAAACAAUCGAGACGCUCCACCCAAACGUGUUCCCAUUGAAUAA